UGGGUGACAGUGGAGAAGCCGUAUGUGUGUGUGUGUGUGUGUGUGUGUGUGUGUGUGUGUGUGUUCAUGUGCGUGUGUGUGUAUGUGCGUGUGUGUGUGCGUUUGCGUGUGUGUGUGUGUGUGCGUGCAAGAGUUCAGCACGAGCUACGGGCUCCUUCACUGAUUUCUCCGCGGCUGGACCGAGGCAGCCUCCCCAAGGUGGCUUCCAACUACUCCCGCACUUCCAGUGCCCAUCACCCACCGCUCCACUCUCAGCCAGACAGACUGACCCACGGACUGACGAGGUGGCAGCUUUGCGCCCGAAGGUACAGCGAGUGGAGCGGGCGAGGACCGGGCGCCUCUGGCCCAGCCUGCCGGGGCGAGAUGCGCCGAGGACCGCGGCGCUGAGCGCCCCACGCUGGGCACCGGGUAGACUCGCUCCCGGGCUGCAGACCGAGAGGUGGCGGAGGGGAUGCGUCUGGGACACUCUGAGCCCCUGCUGCGAAUUCCAGCCCAGAGGUGGACGUCCACCCGGGCUCAUCGCAGGACCGUGCGGACCCCGGCCUCCCGGGGAACACAGCGGCCGGGCCCCGGGGCUACGCGCAGGGUUGGGAUGCCCUGGGCGCCUCCCUGCUGGUGAGGAUGCCUUGCGGCGCGGCUCUGCAUUCCGUCCGGGUCCCAGGUGGGCACGGCUGUAUGGGCCGGGUUUUGGUCCCUCGUGCCGCUGGAUAAAAAGCGCCAGGGUCGGUGAAUGCGUUUAAAGAUUGAAUCGCAAGUCGAAGAGCCAUGGACCAAGGGACUGAGGUGCAGCCCCAAGCGGGAGAGCCAUUGGAAGCACCCGCUGUAGGGGGAGUACAGAUCAGCCAAGCAGACGCUUUAAGGUGCAAGAGUUUACCGGUCCUGAACAGCGCCUCCUGCCGGCCAGAUCUGAGAUCCGCGAGUAUAGCCACCAAGCCAGGCUGUACAGAUUCUUUGGGUCAUCAGGAGUUGAAGCAAGGCUCGAAUCAGUUGACUCCCAGCCCUUCUGCACCUUCCACAUCAGCUGAGACGCCUGGGCUAGCGGACUGUAACCACAGGGUGGAUGUUAGCAAAACCAUGUCGGUGUCCUCUGCCUUGGCCAUGCUCCAGGGGAGAAGAUGCCUUUAUGUAGUCCUCACGGAUUCCCGUUGCUUCCUAGUUUGCAUGUGCUUUCUGACCUUCAUCCAGGCGCUAAUGGUCUCUGGGUACCUCAGCAGUGUCAUCACCACCAUCGAAAGGCGCUACAGUCUGAAGAGUUCUGAAUCGGGGCUGCUGGUCAGCUGCUUUGACAUUGGGAGCCUGGUGGUGGUGGUAUUUGUUAGCUACUUUGGUGGCCGGGGUCGGCGACCCCUUUGGUUGGCAGUGGGUGGACUCUUCAUUGCCAUCGGGGCUGUCCUCUUCGCUUUACCUCACUUCAUCUCGCCUCCCUACCAGAUCCAAGAGUUGAACGCCUCGGCCUCCAAUGAUGGCCUGUGUCAGACUGGCAACUCCAGGGUGACUUUGGAAUCUUCCGCCUGCUUGAAAGACUCUGGAGGAAAUAAUCACUGGGUCUAUGUGGCUUUAUUCAUUUGUGCACAGAUUCUUAUUGGAAUGGGCUCCACACCUAUUUAUACCCUGGGACCAACCUACUUAGAUGACAAUGUCAAGAAAGAAAAUGCCUCCUUGUACCUAGCCAUCAUGUAUGUCAUGGGAGCACUUGGUCCUGCAGUGGGAUAUUUGUUGGGUGGACUUCUGAUUGGUUUCUAUGUUGACCCCAGAAAUCCUGUUCACCUUGACCAGAAUGAUCCUCGUUUCAUUGGAAAUUGGUGGAGUGGAUUCCUCCUUUGUGCCAUUGCGAUGUUUCUUGUGAUAUUCCCAAUGUUUACUUUUCCAAAAAAGCUUCCACCUCGACACAAAAAGAAAAAGAAAAAGAAAAAAUUUUCUGUGGAAGUUGUUAGUGAUGAUGAUGAUGAUGAUGAUGAUGAUGACGACGAUGUUAUGAAAGAGAAAUCAAACAACAGUGAACACAUGGACAAAAAAGUUUCUUCUAUGGGAUUUGGAAAGGAUGUCCGAGACCUACCAAGAGCAGCUGUCAGGAUCUUAAGCAACAUGACAUUCCUUUUUGUGAGUUUGUCAUACACAGCUGAGAGUGCCAUUGUAACUGCUUUCAUUACCUUCAUUCCCAAGUUCAUCGAGUCACAGUUUGGUAUUCCAGCUUCCAAUGCCAGCAUCUACACUGGUGUUAUUAUUGUCCCCAGUGCCGGUGUUGGUAUUGUCCUGGGAGGCUACAUUAUAAAAAAACUGAAACUUGGCGCAAGAGAAUCUGCAAAGCUGGCUAUGAUCUGCAGUGGUGUGUCCUUACUGUGUUUCUCAACCCUAUUUAUUGUUGGAUGUGAAAGUAUUAAUCUAGGGGGCAUCAACAUACCUUAUACAACAGGGCCUUCCCUCACCAUGCCGCAUAGGAAUCUGACAGGAAGCUGCAAUGUUAAUUGUGGUUGUAGAAUCCAUGAGUAUAAGCCAGUUUGUGGAUCCGAUGGGAUUACAUACUUUAACCCUUGUUUGGCAGGCUGCAUCACUAGCGGUAAUGUUAGCACUGGGAUAAGGAAUUACACAGAAUGCACCUGUGUCCAAAGCCGACAAGUGAUCACUCCGCCCACAGUGGGACAGCGCAGUCAGCUCCGCGUGGUUAUUGUCAAAACAUAUCUCAACGAGAAUGGCUAUGCUGUGUCUGGGAAGUGUAAACGGACUUGUAACACCCUCAUCCCGUUCUUAAUUUUUCUUUUCAUAGUCACCUUCAUCACAGCAUGUGCCCAACCCUCAGCCAUCAUAGUAACACUCAGGUCUGUAGAAGAGGAGGAGAGACCUUUUGCGUUGGGAAUGCAGUUUGUUUUACUUCGAACACUUGCAUACAUUCCUACUCCGAUUUACUUUGGCGCUGUGAUUGACACCACCUGCAUGCUUUGGCAGCAGGAAUGUGGCGUGCAAGGUUCCUGCUGGGAGUACAACGUGACGUCCUUUCGCUUUGUCUAUUUUGGUUUGGCGGCCGGUCUCAAAUUUGUUGGCUUUAUUUUUAUUUUUCUGGCUUGGUACUCCAUUAAAUACAAGGAAGAUGGACUGCAGAGGCAGAGGUGGAGAGAGUUCCCCCUGAGCACUGUGAGUGAGAGGGUUGGCCACAGCGACAAUGCCAGUAAAUAUGCCCGGACUGCGUCAUGCCCUGUGUUCAGCACCCAGGGAGAAUUUCAGGAAGAAACUGGCCUGCAAAAAGGGAUCCAAUACACAGCGCAGACCUAUCCAGGGCCCUUCCCAGAAGCAAUAAGUUCUUCUCCAGACCCAGGGCUCCAAGAAAGUCCUGCUGCCAUGUCGCCUCCCUCCUAAAGCUUCAAGAUGAAAGACUUUCAUUUUGUUGGUUGAGUUGAAUAUGGUGACUUGAGAAACACCGUGCCUUCUUUUCUUUCUUUCUUUUUUUAACCUUGAAAAGACACAACCCUCAAACCAACAAAACUCAUUAUACACAGCCACUGUUGACGGAGGGCUGGAUACCUCAACAAGACUGAGAGCCUUUUCUUCCUUCUCUCUAAGAAGGAGGAGUUUAGAUAGAUGUGCUGCCAUUUCUGCUAGGAUAAUUUAGUGCUCAUGCUCAGAUAGGGUGUAAGGGUGCAGCACAUGGUGAACAAGACCACGGAAGGGUAAUGGCAGCAAAUAUUAGCAUACACUCCAAACCAAGGUGAGCUUGAUCAUUUUUUUUUUUUUACAGUUAUAAAGGAAGGUUUUAAAAAAUUUUUUUUUUAAAUAGGAACACCUACUGUGAGUUCUGUUACAAAGCACAAAUGAAUUUGCCUCAACUAUGCAAUUUGGGAAACUGUAAGAGCAGCAUGUUAUCUUUGCUUUCAGAGACUAAACCAGAUAUGAUUUUGAACAAAGAAAUUUAACUUUCCCUAAAGUACUGUUAACAACAUUUUAAGCCAUAGCAUGAUUAUAAAUCAGGUGGAAAUUUUCAGAUGCUUCAAAAGAACCAGAUGCAUCGCAUGAUCAAAGAACGGCCAUUUUGUUUCAUGAGACAUAUUUUCUUUCAGUAUGUCUGUCAUAGGAUAGCUAAAGAGGCUGCUGAAUCAUAAAUCGGAUAGCUUGAGAAUAUAGACUCCAGUAUUUUUCUUUUUAAGAGGCAUUGAAACUAGUGUGCUAGCAACAUGGUUAGAACUUGUCAUUUGACAUGCACAGUGAGGAAAGAAACGGGUGACUUUCUCAUCCAAUAAAAUUACUGCAGAAAUUCCGAGCCCACAUCAGAGUGGUUCAAAAUUGUAAAGUUUUGAUACUCAAAAUGGUUGCAAAAGGAAAUUUCAGAAAAUGAAGAAUGAGUCUUACCUGAUAAUUCUACUUAUGUACCUGGAAGCACUAGCACUCCCUCUUCCCUUCCUUCCUUCCCUUCUCUCUCUCUUUCUCUCUAUUUCUUUUUUCAAAAGCCUCGUGGGCACUCCUGAAAUCUAGUAGUUCUAUCAGGGAAUAUAAACAUGACUUUGAAUAUAUCUGGCUGGAGAUCUGAGAGCUGAACCUACAAUAUGAUCUAAGGAAUGUUAGAGGGAAAAGCAUAUAUAUGAUAGAGACAGACAAGCAGUAAGAUAGAGAGAGUGAGAGAUCAUAACGCUGAUAUUUCCUUCAAUGCGCUGGGGGUUGGACUUGAACUUGGGUCGCUUACAUGGCAAAGUAGUACACUAUCCAAGUGAGCUUUUCACCAGCCCUAGAAAAUAAUUCUGAAUAAACUGCUAUAUCAUACUCAAUCCUAUUUUAUCAGAAUUAGAAUUAAUGCAAGCAUCUCCUUGAUUCCUUCCUACUGUCACUUUCCUAGAAUAAUUCUGAGAGAGAACUUUUCUGUUUCUGAAUGCACUUUGAAUUCACUAUCCGUCAUUCUUUUUGAUACCUCUCAGCAUAUCGUGCUGACUUGGGCACCACACAGAAAGCUUUCUCGAUGAUGGUUCUUAAGCUGGUUGUCUCUUGAUAGCACUGUGGCCUGAAAGUAAAUUAACUUAUGGGAUCAGGCUGCUCAUAAAAAAAAAAAAAAGAAUUGUGGUAACUCAGCCUUAAGAGAACUCGGAAGGACAAAAUUUCAUUAUAAUUGUGAAUUGUUUCUGCCAGGGAGCCUAAGCUGUUUUAGUAGAUGGUUUUCUUUGAUUGGGUUAUACUCAUCAAUAGAGGGGAUGAAACCAACAUAACUGUUCCUUGGCUGGACAGGUGGAGUCACAUGCAUAUUCCUGAGCACAGGGCCACUUUGCUUUCUACCUGGGCUUAAUAUUGGUUAAAUAGCUUGCUUGGCUGCAUACAGUUUGUGGAGAGUCUCAAAGCUUUUUUUUUUUUUUUACAAAUAAUUGUAUUGGGGGAAUAAUGGUUUGUAACACAGUUAUUGACACCUUGGUAUAAUCACUUUCCCUUGAUAGGUGUCUGCACAUGACUCCUGCCACCAACUUAAGUUUAUCUAAGGGUUAAAACUCUUAAGUCUAUAAAGGUUGGAGUCAGUGAUCUCAGGGAAUAGAAACUUCCCUUUGAGUGAUCCUAUUUAUCUAAAUCAUAAGAACCACUGUUGCCUGUCAUUGUACUGAUGUUUGUCCAGCUUUGGCCACAGUGGUGUAUGUGAAGCUCUUCAGAGAGCAUUACUGACUGCUACUUACUAUGCACUCUGAAGCCUAUUUCCCUCUAUUGGAAAUAUCUGAUCUUCUAUAUGAGAAAAUUUCCUUCUGUGUUGUAACUAAAGAUAUAUAAGUCGGGGAGCUGUGAUAUUUUCAUAGACACUGCCUUUUGUUAUUAAGAUACUGCAUCAAGAUAAUUUGGAUGGAAUAGAUGUUUUUGGUAGCUAAGAUUAUGUUUUCUGACGCUUAAAGUUUCUCUCUUCUUGAUAGUACAUUUAGAAAAGGAGUAAUUCUCAGAACCCCAGUCUAGGCAAACGAUGGACUCAAUGGGUGUCAUUAGAGAGGCUCCCCUGUCUCUACUCUGAACAGUCAGUAGGUUUAGCAGUCAACAAUGGAGCAUUUUAUCCAGCUGUCAUCUGUUACCCCAUGUACUCCUUUGAGAUGACUAGCCAGAACCCAAGGAACUUGACCUGUGCCGCAAUGUUAAUUUUGUAGUUCCUUGAGUAUUUGACACUUAUCAAUGGCAGGUGUAUCAUUUAGAUGUUGUUGGAGAAUGUAGAACAAGUAAAAGUCAUGGGAGACUGACACUAGGGAAUAAGUACUAAUUAAGAGUUGUCUCCCAGAUGCUUUGGGUUCCAGUGUCAUUAUUGGAAUGUCACACAGUUAAACUUUGUGACCAUUGUGUAGAUUAUGCCAUCUAAUUGUGUAUUUGAGGUGCUUGUGUGUGUGUGUGUGUGUGUGUGGGUGGGUGUGUAUGUUAAUAAACUGGUCAUUUUACUUUAUAGUCGCAGCUCCUCUUGCAAGUUUUAAUAGCCACUCACCAGGUAUAUAAGCUUUUAAUUAUAUGUAUUGGAGAAAGGUAAUUUCAUUCUUUUAUGAACUCUGUAGAUUAAUGCAUUCAUUGACUUUAAUAUGCAAGUAUAAUGUCCUUGAGUUGAGCCUAUUAGGUUUGAAACUCCCUGGUGGUGGGUGGAUGGUUGUAGUACAUUGUUUGGGUUAUUGUCAUCUAUAGGAAAUGCUUAUAUUUGGUCUGGGAGGUGGCACAGUGGAUAAAGCACUGGAUUCUCAAGCACGAGGAAAUGCUUAGGUUCUACAGAUUGAUUUAAUUCUUCUAAACAGUCAAAAGGCAUUCAGAACCAAGGAGGAAGUGGGGAACUAGUGAUGGGACAAUUUAGUGCUUGUUGAGAGUUGACCGAGUGCGAGCAUUCAGCUGAACAUUUAAUAGACAUCAUUUGUUUUAACUCUCAUAAAAAUUUUGCAAGAUAAUUACUUUUACCCUUGUAAAAAUCAUGGAAACUGAGCGUCAGAGAGGUAAUUUGUUUAGGAUUUUACGGAGUGGCCAGCACAGUUUACUUCUAGGGCCCUCUACCACCAUUGCUUAUUUACUUCUUACAGUACAUAGUGCUACAAUAAUUUUGGUUUUCAAAGACCUGCUGUGACUCUAAGAUAGUGAGAUUAAUGUGUUUCAUUUUUUUAAAAAAAAUGUGUUACUAUUCUUGAAGAGUAGAGAAUUAUUAUUUCUUUGUAUAAAAUGGCGGGGAAAGUGUGGGGACUAUAAAAUGUAAUGUUGAUAUUUCAAAGUAAAUUUUCAUUCACCUAGCUAAGUGUUGUAUUCAAGAUUGUUUGUCAUAACAUAUGUCAGAUUUUUUUUAUAGUCAUAUGUAAUACAGAACAAAUCUGAUUUGGGUGUUAACAUUCAGUGUCAGUAGAGUUUCUGAAAUGCAGCAUAAGAAAUGGGGGUUCAGAUUUGUUGAAUCUGAGCUUUGGGGAUUUCCUGUGUAUGUUUUAUUUAUCCCCCUUUAAAAGAUGUUAAUAUUUUCAUAGUUUUUUUUUUUUUUUUUUUUUUAGAACAAAGAUCUCUCCAGGUCUCUCUCUUUUUUCCUUUCAGAAAGAGAUACGGGGAUAGAUAAUAGAGACAGAGCCACCCCAGAUCUGCUGGGAAAUUGUGUAGAUGCAGUCACAUCUGCCAUGUUGUCCCCUCAUGCUAUUGCUAGUUCCCUCGAGAGUUGGGAGUUGAGAGUUCCCUCGGAGUGCCUGUUCCACCAUGUUGUGCCCUCAGGGUAUUGUCAAUUCCCCGGGAUAGUUGGAGUGCUUUGGUUACUCCUCCCCCUUCCCAUUCCCACGAAAGUUAUUAUCCUACCCUGGAGUGCUAUGGUUACUCCUCCCCCUUCUCAUUCUCACAAGAGCUAUUCCCAUAAAAGCCCUUCUUCUUCUGCCCCUCGCUCAGUGAGGAAAGGGUGUGGGGCAUAGCAGGAGGUGGCCAUUUUGGCUGGCUCCAAGUGGCCUGAACCACCCGUCUGACCCAACAAUAAAGGAUUGUGUUCCCUUUCUUCUCCAAACCUCCUUUUUCUGCGUCCCACCGCCGCCACUACAGCAAGCGACACAGAUCAAAGAUUAGAGCUUCAUCUGGUGCCACAGAGCCUGUAGUGUAGUGCUGGGUUCAAACCUUGGUCAAGUGUGUAACAAAGCACUACCUGGUGAGCUCUUUGGCCUUAAUUUUUUUUUUCUUAAAUAACCACUGAAGUUUCCUAAUAGAAACUUUUAGAUGAACAUUUGCUGUUACAUCUUAAAUAAACAUAUAUAAAGGUUAUGUUUCACAUACCAUACCUCUGAGCUAUUGUUACCUUGAGUAGCUAUAAUCAUACAUUGUAGCCUGCAUUUGGAAAUGUAAGCUUUCAGAGAAGACUGCUAACCUGGAGGAGAGUUCAAUGAAGGGCAUGGCAAUCCCAUAUUGACACCAAUCACCAGGAAAUUUUCAGAUGUUUCUUAGCCUGUAAUUCCAGCAAGUAUUCUUUGGUGGAUUUGCAGCUAGAAUCAAUCUCUCUCUCUCUCUCUCUCUUUCUCUCUCUCUCUCUGGAACUGGUUGUUUAUCAGUUGUCCUUGCUCCAAAGAGAAGAUCAUAGUUUGAAUGAACCUGACGAGUUUGUAGAAAUUCUGUAGUACACUCUGAAGUAGUGAGAGAACCCACACCUAGGGUGAUAAUCAAUUGUAUUUUGUUCAAAUUUAAAAUGUUCUAGAUGAUACAGAAACACGAAUUUCACUCUUGUCGUAUAGCCGCAGACUAAGAAAUCUUAUGUAGCAGAAGUUAUCACUACAAUUCCAGAAUCGCCUACAUCACAGGUUUGCUUCCUUGGUUACACAGACUCAUAGGUAGCCUUUACUCUUAUUUGCAUUUCCCCUUUCAUAGAACGGAAGGGAGUGAGUGCCAUGGCUGGCAGGUGAAGUGAGUGGCCUUGUGCACUUUAUGUUUUCUGUCUUCUCUCCUCCUCACUUUCCAGGAUGUCUGUUGCUCUACCCCUGACUUGUUGCUGCAUUGGAAUCAGAUUUGUGAAUGUCUGAAGAAGUUAUUUUAAGCACUUCAUUUGCUGUUCAGCCCUAGGAAGGGUCAGAUAUGAAAAACAAACAAACAAAGCUUACUAGGGUUGCUUUUGCAACAUUUAAACAGCCUGGUGCUAAGUGUACUUGAUGCAUGCUUACCAUGAAAACACGCCACUGAAUUCACAGUGUUUCAUUUAUAAGGGACUGCAUGUGUUCUAUUUUUGGAAAUCUUGGAAAACUUCCCAGAUAAAAAGCACCCAUUACUUUCAUUACUACAGUUAACCCAUGAAUUUUAUGCUGCAAAAGUGAGAAGUGUAAGGGGGAAUACUUUUUCUAUGGAAAAAUCAGCUCUUUUGAUAUUUAUUUUAUCAAGACUAACCAGAUGCUAAGCAUAAUUUCAGAAAGGAGAAAAAUAUUUCAGAUAAUACUUUUUUUAUUUCUUCUCCAAAAAAAUAAAUAAAUAAAAGCACCUCACACCUGUGGAAGGUGUUUUUAAUAUUGGAGUUCUGAGGGUGUCUUUUUCUGGUAUUCUGUUGCAUGCUAAAGUGGAAGGAAGAGGUAGCACUGGAAGCUGUGCAUCUGCAGGGACAUAUCAAACCAAAGGGAUGAACAAAAGAAGUCUAAGUCUGUUUCUAGAAAGGAAGAAUAACAAAAUUGGUAAGGUUUAUCAUGGGCAUUUCUCUUAAAAUACAUACUUCUACUCCAAACCCCAAAUGUUAAUUUAGAAGCACGAAACAGGAAGGUCAGUCUCUAAUUCUUUUAAGAAAUGUAAUACUGUGUCAAAUAAACUGGAUUAGGAUCCUAGUGGAGUGUGUGUGUGUGUGUGUGUGUGUGUGUAGGUGUGAUUGUGAUGAAAGGUUGUUUUGACUUGUUUCAUAAAGAAGUUUGAUUUUGUGAAUUUUAAACGGAAUAUUUAUUUGGAGACCUAUUAUGUAAUUUAAAGAUGUAUUGAUUUUCUCAUGUUUAAUGAAUUCUAUUGUUAAUGUACUAAUAAACUUUGGUUUACAAGAUCUUGAAUACUUGAUCAUUGGAAAUUAAGAAAACAAGUUAAUAAAGAAUAAAGUGCGUUGGAUUAAAACUA